UUUGAGAAGCAGAGACACAGAGCAACUAGCGCAUACCGGAACUGACCUGAACUAGCCAUGUACACCAGAUCAGACAGCCUGGUCCUCUCGCUCCCGACAAACACGUUCUUCCAGCCGCAGUCGCAGUCGCAGUUUGAUUUCAGACCGAUGAUGCCGCGCAACACCGAGCCGGAGAUCUUCACCUUCGAGCGGAUCCCGGAGACGCAGCAGUCGGCGUUCCCUCCCCGCGGAGCCGCGGCGCGCCCGCGCAAGAGGAACACCCGCGUCAUGUACCCCUCCAAAGUGCGCAAAUAUCUGCCGCCGGCCGAGAAGAGCCCCGCCAAGCGCUGGCUGCUCGUCUUGUGCCUGGUGGUCUUCUUGCAGAUCUACACGGAGGAGGGAUCCGUCGAGACCACGCAGAGUGAAGGACCGACCUUCACCGAUGUAACUUCGUGCAAUGUUCUCCGCUUCCAGUCUGCUGAGGAGCAAGCCAGAGAGAUGAUGGGCAGCUGUUCUGAGGACCUCAGCCUGAUGUCUCAUCAGCAGCUCCAGUCUAGCAGCGAGGAGAAGAAGGAGAACACCUGGUUUCUGAACACUACAUGCCCAAGCUCAAGCUGGGAGGAGGACAUCAACACUUUCUACCAGCAGAGCAGGAGGAAUGGAUACGUGGUGGCCCUACUCUACCCAGUGUACCAUAGACUUGGCACAGAGAACUGAAUGAACUCAGAAUCAAGUUUGUGGACUAGUCAAGUUCACUGAACCUUCUUGGAGGAGAAAACCAGGCUCCUGUGGCACCCAAGUUGUGCCUGGAGAACCCAGCUUGACUGCACAGAGCGGGACGAAGUGAUGGAAAACACAAGCUGAGGAGACAUCCGAUGGACUUGAAUGACGAAGAAACUUUAUAAUGGAAUGAAACUUGAAUGGCUCAUUUAGAUUUACUUGAAAAUGUUUCCCUUGAACUGUAGCCUCACAAGUAGACCUGUUGUACGUCUAAACUCAUGAGGGUGUCACAAUGACCAUUUGUGUUGCUGAACGCUGCCGCUCGCAGAAAUACUUGAAUCUCACAUUGAAGAUUUUUAUGUUAUAUGAAGAAAUAUUUCUUGUAGCUAUUUAUUUAAUGAUAUUUAUUUAUUGUUAUUUGCUUAUUUAUUUCCUAUUGUCUUGUGAAAAUAAACUGACAUUUGCAUCUACA